GGUGGGAACCUGGAAGCAGGAACAGAAGCAGAGGCCAUGGAGGAGUGCUGCUUACGUGACUCCCUAAUGGCAUGCUUAGCCUUUCUUCUCACAUAACCCAGUGGCAUCUGCCACUUACAUUACAUGGGCUGGGUCUUCUUACAUUAAUCAUUAACCAGGAAAAUGACCAGCAGGCUUUGCACUCAAGCCAAUCUUGUGCUGGGCAUUCUGUCUUCAGAGGUUCUCUCUUCUCAGAUGACUCUAACUUGUAUCCAGUUGACAACAACAACAACAACAAAAACUAGCCAGCACACAUAAUUACCACAAAUGAGAUCGCUUUAAUCUCUAUUGAACACAAUUCACUACUAAUUCUUUAUAAGUUGUUUUUGCUUUUGCUUUAAGAAGGAAGAUCUCCAGGCUGAGAGAGCCUGGGACCAGUAAGCACCUGAACAAGGCCCUAUGUUCCCUAGGCCAACCAAUCAGAAUCUUGUGGGGAAACAUGGCUGCAGUGCCUAACGUAGAGUGCUUGUUUUGGCUACUAGGAAAGCAUAGUAAAUCACAGAAUGCUGUAGAAAUUAAGGUAAAGUCACUUGUAAGAAUUCAGUUGCAGUCUGCUCAAAGGGCUAUCUAUGGUCGGUCUGAAAUAGUCUCCCUUCAGAAUGACAACAAAUAUCAGUGAAUGUGUAAGGCACUUAGCACAUUUGUUGCUGAUUAGGGCAAGUUUAAUUUGGCUAAGUUUGCUCUGGACUUUAGUGUUUUAAUUAAGAAGGGAAGCUGGGUCGUUGGUUAGGGACAUUCUUUCCUCCUCUGGACUCAGCUUCACCCUUUCUCUGUGGUACGAUGCAAAUGAGGCAGGAGGUGACCCAGGGAGCCUGUCCCGCAGGUAUUUAUGUCCUCCUGGGUUUCUUUUCUUACUUAAUGCCUUGGGGUUGGUGUUUUAUGUUUGCUGAGGUUUUGGAUUUGCUCAGCAUUUGCUCACAAAGAUGGGGAAGAUAAUGAGCUGAAAGGCUGGAAUUCAACACUAGAAUAAUGGUUUGCUUUCCUUAUCUCUGUCCAAUUUCAAAGAGAAGGUUUCUCUAACUUUUGUCUCAGCAGUUCUCCUCUCAGUGUCGGGGACUGAAAGGGUUAGCACUCUAGAAAGCUUUCUUGUUUUCCUCUAGGGGCUCUCAUUGCUGUUGUUCUGGUCGUGCAGAGCUUGGAUUUGAGUAUAGAGAGAAAUACUGGGCUUUGAUGAUUAGUGAGAGAGCUCACUGUCUUACCGAGCUUUCUGUAUAAACCCUGUGGCAUUUCAUGGUUUGGGGGAUCCCUUAACAUGAAGUCCUGAGCACUUAAAACCAAGUAUGAGGGUGCACUCGAAGGAGGGGGUGAGGGUCACAAAGCAGAAGCAGCAGUUUUCUCUGGGGCUCACUCAGCCCCAUGUAUAUGCAUACUGGACCCUCGGCCCUCUGGGCUGUAUUUCUGUUCUCCUCUCCAUCUGACCUGAUUUUAUGGUAGUCAUGAUGAGCAUGUUCAACAGGUAGAGCUGGAGACAGGACAGUCUUUGCAGGCACCCUCAUGAAGUGAGAGAAUUUUUUUUGGAAGCAGGAUCAGUUUCUUAAUGCAUUUGCUUCCUGGUGGAUGACAAAGUUCUGUUUUCACAAUAGCACCCUUGCUGUGCUAUAUAUGAGGGAGCUCGGACUAGGAAAAGGACAUCAUAUUUAUGCUUUCCCUAAGCUUCAUGUUGGCUGUUCCUGUUUCUAACUAUGACAUCUCAGAGCUGAUGUUCUUGGAAGGCUAGGAUGUGGUAUUCAACUCAAACGGAUUUAGUGAGAAACAAAUGUGGUUUUCUUUUAAAAGUAUAGUUUUAGAAAGAUGACUUGGGGGACAACAGCGUCCAGAGCAAGUUACCCCUCAGUUCAUCUUCUUAAAACAGCAUUUAAAACUAUGGCAGGAUGCUGCUCCGGAUUCAAAUCUAUGUUUAUACACAUAUGUGCCAUGUAGAAACAUCUGUGCAUACAUGAGGGUGAAUGAUUAUGAAUGUAGAAAACGAACCAUGGGAAGAGGAAGAUUUUAAGGGAGAAGGAAGGAAAGAGAAAAAAAACCCAACAAAAAACAGUAAUGGGAUAGUGUGACAUUAAAGCAAGUGGCAGGAAGAAAAGAGACCAGCAGAGCCAGGCAGGGAGGGUGUGCCUGGCAGGGCAGGAGGGGUAUGAUUAAGAACAAGGCACAGUGGCAUUUGUAUCACAGGCCAGAAUGAAAACCAUUGUUUUGUGUGUUAAUUUAAAAGGUUUGGUGAUUAAAUCUUAAAAUAUGACCACAUCUGAAAAACUCUCAAGUUAUAUUUUAGUUACUCUGAUUGUAAGCAGAAAGGCUCUGAACAUGGCAGAAUUGCUUUUUCUUUGAAUCCCUUUUUCUUGGUAUAGACUUGAUAUUGGAAAAUCUCCAGUUGUCUAUCAAAGUAGACUGAAUUUAUCGAAACACUUAGCAACUCUGGGGAGUUCUUAAUACCUACAUGUCAUGUUACCCCUUGCACUUUACUCUGACAGAGACUUAAAAGGCUUUCUCUCUUUGAAAUCCCCCAUUUAGCCCAUUUAGUGGAUGGAAACUAGACACAUUGCUUUUGCUUUUCCUGCAUACCGGGGAAACCACUGAUCUAGUCUCCCUCUCAAUUUACGUGACAAGAGGAAACUAAGUUUAAAGGAGUCGCUCUGCGAUAGACAGCUAGCUGGGUCCUGUUUGAACUGGGGACCUGUGUUUACCAGGAGUGCUUUGUUUUCUGCUGCCUGUUGAUACACUAAGUGGUGGUGUCCUCAGCGUUUGCAUCUUUGGUCCCAGGUAAUUCUCUACCCAACGUCAGUGGCAUACUGUGAGGUUCAAAACUGCAGGAACUCUUCGGAGAUGAUCCAGUGGGUUUCAGGCACCCAGUGGACAGUGGGGGAGUCACAAGAAGGGUGUCUGUCUGGUGAAACUGAAAGACGAGUGAUAAACGGGACAGUGAACAAAAGCUGCUGAAGUUGGGGAGAAUGUUAGCAGACUGCUUCAGAGUCAGUAGAAAAUGUCUUGGAGAAGAAAAAAAUCGGUACAGCAACAAGUUUUUCCUAAGAUCAUCAGUUUUCAAAAAGCAUGCUUUUUUGUUUAUGUAAAGAAAAAGCCUUCAUUUCCUAGCAAGAUCCAGAAUGUAUAUUUUAGGGCAUAUUUAAGAAUGGCAAAAAUACAAAGAAGGGGCUGGAAAUCCUAGUCAGUGUUACUCAAGAGAAUCUAAGCACUGUGGUGGACAGAUGGGCAUUUGGAUUUAGAAAUGAAGUGCCUGUCAGGAGUACUCUAGUCUCUGGGACCAUUAGAGAAUUCUUGAAGGAAGUAAGGUUUGAGCUUAUAGAAUUGUUUGUCCACCCUUUGUGUAAAGUUAAAACUAUCUUUACAAUCUUCAGUUGUCCUAGAAAUCGAUUUUUGCACAGAUUCUCUGAUCCCUUAAGCCUUACUAGUUGAAUAUGCAGCACCUUUAAGGUGCCUGGGUCUGUUGUUCCCCGGUGCUAUUUUCCCCCUUGGGCUUUAAGUGUUCCUCACCAAGCAGAUUACCUAUUGUUUCUCUAAAUGUGCUCUCGCUGGGCACAGAGGGGACUGCUCAAGUGAGGUUAUAAUUCCUGUUUGCCCCUGGGCGGUUGCCAGCACAAAGAAAGGCAUGAUGGGAAGUAGUUUGGUUACCUUUCACAACAGGUGUCUUUGUUGGUGCUAUUCAGAUAUCAGAGUGGCAGCACUGAGUCACUGCAGAAAGGAAAGAGGGGAAGCAGUUGCUCUGGCUUUCACAUCUGGAGAGCCACGCUGCGAGGUAAACCUCCAAGUCUGCUGCCCUGAUGAAAAUAUGACGAGGUCCACGCUAUCUUUAAAAAUACUACUGAAAAGAUAGAAAGGAAUUCAGAAGGUAUGGACUGCCCGGAUAAUUCAUGAUGCCUUGAGUCCUGAUUAUCUUUUAAUUUUUACUUGGCUAUUUAUCUUUAAGAUAAAUGUGCUGGGGAAUUCUUAAUGAAAGUAAUUCUCUAAACACAAAGCUGCAUUGUGGGGGAAAAUGAAGUGAAAAUGCUUUACUGGCUCCCGGAAGGGUCAAACACAGCUUGAAGUUGUUUUAAUCAUGAGAAUUUAUUUAAGAUAUUGCAUUUUCUGUUUAAGUAAGCCUAUUAGACUUGGCCGUUUCCUAGCAGAGGUGUUUGCCCUUCUGUGAGCAGGCACUUUACCACAGAACGCUUACAGGACUGCAGAGCUCCCACGGUCACGGUUAAAUGGCGCAAGGUGAUACUAGUUAAGUAGACAUGCUAUGGGAUAUGAAGAAUUUUAGGAAAACCUAGGAAAAUAGACCCUAGAUUGCAUUCUGAGUUUGUUUACCCAUUCUCUCACAAGCCAGCGAAUAUAGAUAAUAUAAUCCUGGUAUUGGUGAUAAAACCUAAAGUACAGUAUUUCUUUUUAUUUUAACAGAUGUCACCAAAUUAAUGUUUAAUACUAACAGAAAAUACUUCUCAGUACUAUUGUACUGGUAAUACUCAGGGCAGGCACGGGAAGAGCAGGUAACAUGCUUUUGGAGGAACGUUCCUGCCUUCCAUUUUCUUUGCCUACACUGUCGUGCAUGGAAUAAGCAUGGGUGAUUUAUCUUAGUGGUUGAGAGAACUUUCCUUCUGAAAACAUAAAGCCUGCUUACCAUCUCCAGCUGCCCUCCAAAAACCACCUGUGGGAACUAAGGGAUGGAUAGUUUGUGACUAUCUGCUAGUUUGAGUAAUUAAAAGAAACUUUUAACUUUAAAUAAAAAAGGACUAAGAAUAUUUAUCAGCAGGGAGAAAAACAGUUUAUAAAUGAAACCCUUGUGUUUCUCCAGAAUCACAUCAGAUAUUUGUAUUUUUAGUGGGACAAAGGAAAAUUAUUAUCAACUGGUAUUGAUGCCCCAAAUGAAUUGUUUCAUUUUUAUAUUUUGGUACUUUUUUUUAACAGAAUUACUCAGGAGGGAGAAAAAUUCUUUUUUUCCCCUUCCGUCUUCAGGAGAUAAAUUUUAACUGCACCAAGAAUUCUAUAAAUUCUGAGAAAUAAUAAUGGCUUAUCAUCUUUUUAUUUUCUAAGAAUAAGGAAAAAUAAGCUCUGAUUGCUUUAAGAAAAAUUGCUCUUCUUCCAAGAAGAAUCUUCAUGUGAAUAAUAAUGAAGAGAUGAACAGUUUGAAACUGUCUGAGUUACCAAGGACAUAACAUAAAUCAACUUUUGUUUUGGGAGGAAUUUCAUAUAGGCUAUUUCUAGUAAGGAACCCUUUUUCUUUCUGUUUUCUGAAGUGUAAAGAAGAUUCCCAGCCUGACGGUCUCAUGUGCUGGGUUGAGAUGCAGGUGUUUAUGGUGUACACUUCCUGCAGAGAUAAGAGGCCUUGUGGUUUCCACUGGGGGUGAAUUACUAGGCAAGUCUGUGAUAGCAGCUGCCUUUUUUUUUCCUCCUCUCUUUCCCGCUGGAUUUUGACACCCAGCCCCUGGCUCUCAAGUGGGUGUGUGCACUGAGCUGCCCUAAGACUUUUUCCCUGGAUAGUCUGGUCUGGAGCUGGGGCAGCAGCAGCUGCUGUGAAGAAGCCAACUGGCAAGAUGAUGGAAGAAAUCUCCAUUAUGGUAGCCUAUGACGCCCAUGUUUUCAGCCAGCUGCAUGAUGAAGACUUCCUCACUAGCCUGGUGGCCACCAGCAAGCCCAGGUCCAUGGUACCAACCAAAAAGCUGAAGAAAUAUGAAAAAGAAUAUCAGGCAAUGCGGGAGAAUCAGCUACAGCAGGAGGACCCAAUGGAUAGAUACAAGAGGGAGAACCGAAGAUUACAGGAGGCCAGCAUGAGGUUGGAACAAGAAAAUGACGACCUUGCCCAUGAACUAGUGACAAGCAAAAUUGCUCUGCGGAAUGACUUGGAUCAGGCAGAAGACAAGGCUGAUGUGCUGAAUAAGGAGCUCCUCUUUACCAAGCAGAGGUUGGUGGAGACUGAGGAAGAGAAGAGGAAGCAAGAGGAGGAGACCGCCCAGCUAAAAGAAGUCUUCAGGAAACAGUUAGAAAAGGCAGAAUAUGAGAUAAAGAAGACAACAGCUAUCAUUGCUGAGUAUAAACAGAUAUGUUCUCAGUUAAGUACCAGGCUGGAGAGACAGCAAGCAGCCAGCAAGGAGGAGCUAGAAGCAGUAAAGGGUAAGAUGAUGGCAUGCAAACACUGCAGCGAUAUCUUCAGCAAGGAAGGAGCUUUAAAGCCAGUGGCCGUAAAUAGAGAGGACCAGGGACUUGAAGCAGAUGAUGAAAAGGACUCACUUAAGAAGCAGCUGAGGGAGAUGGAACUGGAACUGGCACAAACCAAACUGCAGCUGGUGGAAGCCAAGUGCAAAAUCCAGGAACUUGAGCAUCAGAGAGGAGCGCUUAUGAAUGAAAUACAAGCUGCAAAAAACUCUUGGUUUAGUAAAACCCUGAACUCUAUCAAAACAGCCACAGGCACUCAGCCACUACAGCCGCCACAGGCUCCCCAGCCACCCAAGGAGAGCACAUAGUUCCAGCCUCAGCCAAGCACAAGAGCACAAUGAUCAAAACAUCAGAAACCAAGAAUUUUUCCUGUUGUCCCUUUGAAGAAACUAAAGGAGACCAGAAAGCAAGUUAGACUCUUUUCAGUAGCUCUGUCUUUCAUGUAUGACAUUUUUCAGAGGGAUGUUAUUUAAACUGACCUGGUUUAUGUUGAAUUAUCUAUUUCCAAGCUUCUUCAUGGAAAACCACAUUCAGCUCCAUCAUAUUACACAUUGUUUUAUAUGCCUGAAAUUUAGUUGGAAAUGAGUAAUCUAGAACUAAAUGCUUUUGUUUAGAAUUAACUAUUCAUAAUAAUUUUUAUUUUACAUAAAAAUGAAGACAUGUUAUCCCAAGGUUGAAAUGGUAAGAUCUUCGUUGCAGAAGUCUGUUUUUUAAAGGGAAACUAAACCUCUUUUAACGUUCCAGGAUUAUUCAUAUAAAGCACACCGUGGGGCCGCACAUGAUCACUGAGAGGUUUCACUCUGAAAGUGACUUCCAGAGUGGUGUUACUCCUGUCCAAGAAAAGAACAGACCAGGGGUUGGUUUGAAAGUUUCCCUCCAACUAUUUUGAGUUGGUUACAUUUGGAAAUGGAGAGCCAAUAGCUGUGGAGUAGAUGGACUACUGCACUCUAGAUAAAUAAAGACUUUAAAUAAAUGUGCAAAAAAAUCAUUUGGCUCUGGUAUUCUAGCAGUUCCUUUUAAAGACUCCACAUGGGGCUUUUUCUUCUGAUGUGCCUAUGUAUCAUCACAGAGGUGACUUGUGGAAAAUGUAACCUCAAAGAUGGAUAUUCUAAGUUGCAGACUUAGGCUUCCUUCUCAGGAGAAGUCUAAAAGCCCAUGUUCAAGCAUUGGACUUCAAAUGAAACAGUGAUGAGGCAAUGGGUAAUGACAAACUUGUUAAGGCCAACACCUAUGUUCUGUACCUUUUUAAAGGAUGUGACGUUACCAAGGAAGUUGAGGAGACCUUCCCAGCACCUUAAUGUCAGGCAACUUUCCUAACUUACUCCUCAACUCCCAAACGGUGGCUCGCACCUGGGAAUAAAGAGAAACGAGUACAUUUUUCACAUUCUGGGUUGACUAAACCUUUAUAGAAAUUCUUAACUCAUGGAUUGGAAGGGUAGCUGUUAAAAAAUGGUGCAAAUAUUUUUUCAAUUAUAUUUGACAUAUCUGUAUAAAUAGCCCUUGCAAGAAAUUCUUUGGAAAGAACAAAACUAAUUUUUCCAUUUUCUAAGCUACUAUGGAAGUCUCUAAUCCCUUUAUAGCAACCAAACAACUGUCAAUCAUGUACAGUAACAUUUGUUUAUAUUCAUCUUUAGCUUCAUUGUUAUUCAUACUGUUUCCAACGUAUCUUCAAGUAUGGAGUGCCACCAUGGCUCUCCUCUGUGCCAUAUAUUGUAGUAACCACUCUGAGAGAGACCUCUCAACCCCUGCCUUCAUGUUGUUCAUGACCAAUCCUUCCUCUAAGAUCACUUCUGAGUUCUAGUAAGUGGAAUUUCUUUAUUCUCUAGAUAUCUGUAUCAUCUACAGGUCAUAAAACUGAGGCUGUUUUUUGAUAUGUCACACUUACCACACAAUGCUUUCCAUAUAGAAAUUUGUUUUUCUCUGAUAGCUUUCUUCAGAAGAUUCAUUUCUUCUUACCAAAAGGGCAAUAACCCAGCACUCCUGAUAUCUCUGUUGACUUUAACAUUCCCUACAUAGUGGUUUAGAUAAGCUAUUUUUUUCAUGUAAAAUAUAACGGCUUGAACAUUAAAUCAUUUCUGUCAAUCAUUUACUGCAGCUACUUAGCUUUAUUGGUACUGUGUUUUGAGACCAGAAAGCCUGGCCAACUAAAUUAAGGUGCAUUUUUGUGGACUUCUAAAUACCAUCCACAGAUCUUUUUAACUUCUGAAAAUAAAUACAUUCCACAGAAUACCUGAGUUGCAAAUUUUCCAUAAGUGGUAAAUGAGAGAAAAAGAAUGGCUCUAGAUCAAGUCUUUAUCUGUUCAAGCCACUUUCUUUUUUUCUUUUUAAGCAAAAAUCACCAGGAACAUAUGCUUUAAGAGUUAAAUAUAUCUUUCGAGUUUUCAUCUAACUCUUCCAAAAGACGUAGUGGCAAUACAUAAUCUUUUCUGUUCUCCAGGACCAUAUAAUACUGGGGCAUGUAUACUGGUAUCAUAUCUAAGCUGCCCAGCAUUACACUGUCUUUGAGUUAAUAACAGAAGUAAAGGAAAGUCAAGAAGUAGUGACUGCUUGUUUACUGUUUUACCACAGCAGUAUCCGACCACAUACUCCUCACCAUUGCUUGAGAACUCCAGAAUGCCAACAGAAAGCAACUAACUCAUCUCACUUUCACUUACUAUUUUAUAUAUUUGAUAAUUGAAACUUUUUUUUCUUGAGACAGGUUCUACUAUGUAGUCUAGGCUAGCCUUGAACUUAGAACCUUCCUACCUCAGCCUUCCAAGUGCUGAGAUUACAGACAGACAUCACAACAGCUAAAAUGAUUCUUUUCAAUUCCUUGUAUAAGAGAUAAACCAGCCAAGUAUCCCAAGAUAUUUUCAAACAUGGCAGUUUCUUUCAUCCUUCCCUAAGAGUUACAUGACAGUAAACACUCCUGAAAUGCUGACAUUUGCAGCAUCUAAGAGGUGAUCGACCCUUCCUCUUUUUGUUGAGUUCUGUAGAAUACAAUGAAGAUUCAACCCAUUGGCUUUUAUAACUUGGAGGUCUCUUUUAGUAUAUUCUUGAAAGCUGAAAGACACUAAGCUGGAUUUAGAGUGCAUAUGUUUAGCACACGUCCUGAGCCAAGUCACAGUUUGGUUUUUUAUUUUUUAGAACUUGUAAUUUAAUGCAAAUAAAUUCUUGGUUCACUACACUUCAGUAUGAGUGCCUAUCGGAAACAGUAAUGGGAAAGCCACAUAGGCCACAACCUAUCUUUUCAUACAGUAUCUGUCUUCCUCUCACUGACUAUUAAGUAAGUAAUUUCUUCUUUUUGGUCUUCUUGAAUUUACCUGGUAAAGUUGAGAAGAUCCUUUUGUACUGAUGAUAAGAGUUUAGUAUUUGUUUUAUUUCAUAUAUAUUGAAAAUGUUCACUUUUCCCUACAAUGUAUAUUUAUUUGUCUUCAACCCUUGCUCUAGCUAUUGAAUUGGGUAAUUAGUAGUUUCAACUAAAGUGAGAAAACUGAAACAAUAUACAGGUAAGAGGGCACAGCUGAUAAAAGAGCUUUAAAGUAGUCACCUAGGUCAGUGUUGGUGACAGUGAUGCACACCCACAAUCCCAACACUCAGGAGGCUGAGGAAUAGUCAUGCCUGUGAGCUCCAGGCCAGCUUGGGCUACCCAGUGAGUUCCAAGCUAGCUAGGAUUACAUAGCAAGGCCCUAUUUAAAAAAAAAAAAAAAAAGUAACAAAAACCAAAUCAAGUGUGUGGCUAAUAUCAGGCUAAGUAAGCACUCUUCUGCUCUCACGGAAACCGCCUCUGCUAAUGACCUCACCCGCCCUGUGCAUCAAACAUGAAGGUGGUUGCUUGUGCUUUAGGACUCCUUUACGUGGACAAAGAGGUCACUGUGAAAGGACCUCGUUUUAUCUCCUAAGAAAGACGCUUAGAAAGAUGAUUGUAUUACAUAACUUAUUCUUUAUAAUACUCUAUUCUCUUGCUUUAAUAUCUAGCAAAUGAGAUAAUGAACAAUUCUGUUGUAUGAUUUGAAUAGUUAGGGAUGAGUGUGGAUGUGUGCACUGUGUAUGUGUGUGUGGUAAAAUUUUAUAGAGUAUAUGAUUCUUUUGUUUACCUAGAUACCAGGCAACCAAAUACACAUUAGACUUUGAGACAUAACGUUCAAAACUGGAAUCCCAGAUAGCAUCUCUGUGGCCUGUUUUCAAUGACCAUGCAUAAAACUCUUGUCUGGUCAUUGUGCUGGGGUCACAUUCAACACAGUCUUCUUUUCUCGUGGUGGCUUAUAUGUAAUACAUGCAAGGCACUUUACGUUACCCAUUUCCUUGCCGUUAAAGGUCUGCAAACAUGAGGACUCCCAGAUAGACUGUACCUCAACAGGUGAUGCUGAUCUUGAAUCAUAAGAAGAAAAAGUAGAUGCUUAUAGAAUUGUAGUGAUUACAGUCAGCUGUCACAUGUAUCAGUCUCAAUUUCCUCUUAAAAAACAAAACAAAAUGAACUACAGCUAAAACUUACCUCCAGCAAAACAUAUCACUUGCUAUAGAACUAUCUCCAUCAAUAUGUCCCCUCACUGUGCCCUCAUCUCUGGUUUAUCAUUUACAGUAUUUGAAAAAAUUUAAGAAAAAUGAAUCAUUGAGAAGAAAAUGAACAUUACUUUUUAUUGACAACUGAUUAACACAAGACUCCUUUCACUAACCUAUAACUUUGCAUAACGAUAUUACAUAUGGAAAAUAAUCAAAGAAACUGAUUUGUGAGUAUAAGUGCAUCAAAAGACUAUUGUCAUAAAAGCACAAGAAUAAAGAUGGAGAUGAUCCCAGAAUCCAAGAUGUCCCAAUAGCCUCCUGCAUUGGUUUUACUAUUCUUGGCAUUUUGCAUAAUGCAUGGAUUCUUUGUUCAAAUUAGGGAAUGGGUUUUUGUCAGCCCUAUUUCUUUCUUUCCAAGUCCUUAACUGAGGAGGUAAUAUAAAUCCUAUGCUAUUUUUAUGAAAUAUGAUUUUCCCCAGCAUCUACAAUAAAAACACGUUAGAAUAAAGGAGUUGACUAGUCUGGAAAAUGCUAAUUGACCGUAAAAUCAACAUUAGCCAUCAGCCUCUUCCUCUAUAAACACUGACCAAUUACUUGUUUCCAUAAUGACAUGUAUUAUGUAUAGAACACUCUAUUAAUGUAAAUGUGAUGCUUGUUAAGAAAGUGCAAUUUAUUGUACAUUGUCCCAACAAAUGUUUACUUUUAUAAUCGUUAUGAACUUGUAUUGGAUUGGUAUCUUGUUUAGAUGUGUGAAUGAAACCUUGUGAAUAAACAGAUGUGACCAAGAAGGUAACAAGGUGGCUGUUUUGUGAGCCAGUGACAUUUUCAAUGCUUUGUGUUGCCCUUUGGUCCCAUUAAACAGUAAUAAACAUUUCUUUUAAAGUG